AGUAUGCCUCGGAGUAAUACCUAUUGCCUAUUUCCUCUCUGAUCGCUGAUAUUUUAGCAAGAUACGUCGUUAUGGUCAAUGUAAAAUGCUUUAUUUGACCACAUUUAGUGAUUUAGGUGAGACAAAAUCUACAUCUUAAUUCAUAGUUUUUAAGUUAAUCUAGUUUGACGUAAUGGCAUUACAAAUACCCCGUGAUGGACUUCUUAUUUUGUCCACACUGGUACGUAUUCACACAGCUCCGUUUGCGCAUCACAAACACAGAUACAUUUUUGUAAAAUUUAAUUCCAGUAGACCGGGAAUGAAAACGUUUUCAACAGGCUGUGUGAAAUAUAGCAAUGAUGUCAGAGAUAGCUCUCAAACAAAACUCCUGAACGCCACGACCGUUGCUCGGCAAUCGCAAUUGUCCAGGAGGAGAUCUCUGUCUCCCCUGGAGAGGAUAAGCACCAUGCUACCACAGGAUGCACUGAGCCCUGAAGUGAUGCAACUGAGAGAAGAGAACCAGCCACACGAAGAGGAAACAUGUGUGGAAGAAGAACACAGUGCAACGAUGUCCAAACAACAACAAAAUCCUGUUUUGGAUGCAUGUAACGAAGCAUCUUUGAAAGAAUAUAAUUCAAACACAUGCACUGUUGUGGCUGCACAGUCCGACACAUCAAAGUGCCAUUUUGAUGCAGCACGACGGAUGUUACCCGCUCUCCCACAAAAGACCACGAUUGCUUACGGGGAGUUGCUAGUGGCCGAGUAUCAUCGAAAAGGGCGUGUGGAGUUCAAGAAGAUGUUCCAGCUUCAGAAUGGAACACGUUUGAUGAGCAGCUGGGGGAUUAUCCUGCAUGAUGAUGUUGUUGAGCAGCCUGCAGGUCACUUCCAGAGAACAAGCAGAGGGAUCCCCAUCUUCAUACGACGUGCCAGUCUGGAUGAUUAUGUGCUGUAUAUGAAGAGGGGCCCUGCUAUCUCCUACCCAAAGGACGCUAGCGCAAUGCUGAUGAUGAUGGACGUCACAGAGGGAGACUGUGUGCUGGAGGCAGGCUCUGGGUCUGGAGCCAUGUCUCUGUUUUUGUCUCGGGCAGUGGGCUCGAGGGGCAGCGUGCUGAGUGUUGAUGUCAGAGACGAUCAUCUCAGAAGAGCGAUGCUCAACUACCAGCGCUGGAGGGAUUCGUGGCGAGCGCGGCAAGGGGAGGAGUGGCCUGAUAAUAUCGAUUUCCAUCACGCUGACCUUUGUACGGCUUCAUCUCUUCUCGCCCACCGGACAUUUGAUGCGGUUGCUCUUGAUCUGAUCAAUCCACAGCUUGUUUUGCCCAAUGUGAUUCCACAUCUGCAGCCCGGAGCCGUAUGUGCCGUCUACCUCGCCAAUAUAACACAAGUGAUCGACCUGCUGGAAGGGCUUCGAUGCUCAGCGCUCCCUUUGCUGUGCGAACGCAUCUUUGAGGUUCCGAUCCGGGACUGGCUUGUUGGUCCUGCCCUUCUUAAAGAUGGGCGGUAUUGCUCAAAGAAAGUGCCAACCCUCAAUGAAGCCCCGAGCGAAGAGGGGGACACUUCAGAUGAGGCAGAACAAGUUCCAGAGGAACAUCCGGCCUUUGGGAGUAUCCCGUACAUUGCCAGACCUCACCCACAACAGUUGAGCCACUCAGCAUUCCUGGUGAAACUGAGGAAGUUUGUGAAAUAGUUGCUCAGGUUGUUGGGAGAAGAAAAUACGGGAGAUCAUUUUUGUUUCUGUAUAUGUUUGGAUUGUGUAAAAUAAAGAAACUGACUGAA